CCGGUGCCGGUUCCGAGCGCCCUCCCCGCUCCCGGUGCCGCCGCUGCUCCGCUCCCGGUGCCCGUGAUCCGGUGCUCGGUCCCCGGUCCCGGUUCCCAGAGCCCCAUCCCCGGUCCUGGGCCCGCGCUCCAGGUCCCGCCGUUGUCGCCGGUGCCGGUGCCGGUGCCCGCCGGCCGGAGCGCCGUGCCCCACAGCCGGGGCCGGUGCCCGUUAUCCGGUCCCGGUGCCGCUCCCCAGGCCCCGGUGCCGCCGCCGGUGCCGGUCCCCGGUGCCGCUCUGACAUCAGCACCGGGCGGGCGGGGCGGGGGCGGCCCCGACCGGGGAAGAAAAGCGGAUCCCGGUGCCGAUCCCGGUUCCCGGUACCCGCUGCCCCAGCGGCCGGGGGGGCUCGGCCACCACCGGGGCUCUCGGGGACCCGCGGCCGCCGCGGCCGCCAUGGACCGAACCGGGCACUGAGCUCCCCCCGCCCGGUACCGGGACCCUCCCCGCGGCCGCCGGGGCGGCACCGGCGGGGCGGGCGCUCGCAGCAUCCGGCGGGAUUUCGGGGAGCAGCGCCCGGGAAACGGCCGGGACGCACCGGGAGCGCCGGGAGCGCCGCCCCCCGGGCAGAGCUGCCCCCGCCCCGCCGCGCCCCGUCCCCGGAGCCGAGCCGAGCCCCGGGGCCGCCUCGUCCUUUGUGUGCGCCGGGGCACCGGGCAACCGCCGGGAGCACCGGGAGCCGAGGCCGGGCGGUGAUAGCGGGGAGCGGGAGCGGCCCCGGGGCCCGGGGAGCCCCCGGCGGCCCCAUGAAGGAGCCCGACGCCAUCAAACUCUUCGUGGGGCAGAUCCCGCGGCACCUGGAGGAGAAGGACCUGAAACCGAUUUUUGAGCAGUUCGGGAAAAUCUACGAGCUCACCGUCAUCAAGGACAAGUACACCGGGAUGCACAAAGGAUGCGCCUUCCUGACCUACUGCGCCCGCGAGUCGGCCCUGAAGGCCCAGAGCGCCCUGCACGAGCAGAAAACGCUCCCGGGGAUGAACCGGCCCAUCCAGGUGAAGCCGGCGGACAGUGAGAGCCGAGGAGAGGACCGGAAGCUCUUUGUGGGGAUGCUCAGCAAGCAGCAGGCGGACGAGGACGUGCGCAAGAUGUUCGAGCCCUUCGGCACCAUCGACGAGUGCACGGUGCUGGCGCGGGGCCCCGACGGCACCAGCAAAGGCUGCGCCUUCGUCAAGUUCCAGAGCCACGCGGAGGCCCAGGCCGCCAUCGCCGCCCUGCACGGGAGCCGCACGCUGCCGGGCGCCUCGUCCAGCCUGGUGGUGAAGUUUGCGGACACGGAGAAGGAGCGGGGGCUGCGGCGGAUGCAGCAGGUGGCGACACAGCUGGGCAUGUUCAGCCCCAUCGCGCUCCAGUUCGGAGCCUACAGCGCCUACACGCAGGCGCUGAUGCAGCAGCAGGCGGCCCUGGUGGCCGCGCACUCGGCCUACCUCAGCCCCAUGGCCACCAUGGCCGUGCAGAUGCAGCACAUGGGCACCGUCAACCCCAACGGGAUCAUCGCCACCCCCCUGCCACCGUCCUCAGGAACCAGCACCCCCCCGGCCAUGGCGGCCACUCCCGUCCCGGCCAUCGCGGCCCCGCUGAGCGUCAACGGCUACAGCCCGGUGCCCGCGCAGCCCGCGGGACCCCCGGGCCCCGACGCCGUCUACGCCGGGGGCGUCCCCCCCUUCCCAGCCCAGAGCCCCGCGGCCCCCGGGGACCCCCUGCAGCAGGCGUACGCGGGCAUGCAGCACUACACCGCCGCGUACCCGGCCGCCUACGGGCUGGUGAGCCCGGCCUUCGCCCCCCCGGGACCCCUGCUCGCCCCCCCGCCCCCCCCGCAGCAGCAGCAGCGCGAAGGUGAGACCCCCCCGGGACCCCCAAAACCGCCCCGGGACCCCCAAAACCAAGGCCCCGAGGGCUGUAACAUCUUCAUCUACCACCUGCCCCAGGAGUUCGCCGACACCGAGAUCCUGCAGAUGUUCCUGCCCUUCGGCAACGUCAUCUCCGCCAAGGUCUUCGUGGACAGGGCCACCAACCAGAGCAAGUGCUUCGGCUUCGUGAGCUUUGACAACCCCGCCAGCGCCCAGGCCGCCAUCCAGGCCAUGAACGGUUUCCAGAUCGGGAUGAAGCGGCUCAAGGUGCAGCUCAAGAGGCCCAAGGACGCCAACCGGCCCUACUGAGCCCGGUCCGGAGGCUCCGGAGCAGCACCUUUGGGUGCCCCCCACCCAUUGCAGAGCAGCCCCCGCCCCCAGCCCCAGCGGUGCCCGGGGGGGGGGCUCGGUCCUGCUGGGGGGGGCCCAGACCCCCCCACGCUCAGGAAGG